UGACCUUGUGUGGUGGUGCGUUCCAUAUCGGCCGUCAACUAUGACGUUUUUCCUCUAGGUUUACCGGGAAGAAAACAAUCUCAUGAGUUUCGGAACGUAGGUCGAGCGACGCUAAAUAUGUCGCUGGGAGCCUUAGGCUGGGUGGGGUUGGCCAUAGUUCUUUUCUGGUCAUCAUUUGGAUUUUGGGCCUGCCUUUUACUACCGCUCUGCAUUUUCAUAACCAUUUUAGGCAUCAUAUUUAUGGGCUACCUGAUGGAGUAUCAGCAACAGCUAGAGCCAUCCUAUGACCCUGCUUCACCACACAUUCCUGAAAACCACAGCAUCAAAGGCCUUCCUCAAAUUACAACAGCCAUUCUAAAGCCACCGAAAAAGACUCGCUAUGUAAGGUAUUUGACCGGGCACCCAACCAUAGAUGACCCAUUAUCAGAGGUUUUGAACUACAUUCUGCGGGACUACGUAUACAACUGGUAUCUUGACCUCUCUAAUGAUGAGGCUUUCACAGACCACAUCCGAGAUCUUGUUCACCAAGUGAUUGUUAAUCUGUCAGUGAGGGCCAAAGGGGUGGAUUGGGUCCAGUACCUCACCAUUCAACUAGUCGAUGAUUUUGCAUCCCAUCUGCGCCUAUUCCGCCAAGCGCAGACCAGGCUCAAGCUCAAGAAAGAUGAUGAUUUCGGAGGAAAAACCCCAGAUUUGCUUACAUUGUUCUUCAGCUUAGAAACCACCAUGGAGCGUAGCAUGUGCCGUGAUCUAGUCUGCAUUUCAAAAGAGCGGGAAAUGGAGUACCUCCAACAAGUCGGAGAAGUGCUUCUUUACUUGGUUUUGCCACCGGAAGACUUCCAAAACAAAGUCAUGAGGAUAUUCCUACGAGAGCUUCUUGUGAACACAGUGCUGCUGCCUGUGGUAGACCUUGUCUCAGACCCUGACUAUGUAAAUCAAAGCAUUGUCUGGAUGUGCUCUAACAACAUUCCCACAAGUGAUGAGUUCCUGACUGUAUUGAAGUGCACUGACAACAUAAGUGAGCUGGAAGCUGUCAAAGAAAUCGUCCUCCAGGAAAUUGCUGUUCAGCGCUCAAAAGACACUGGAGGUAAUGACGAUACUGUGAUCAAAAAGCAACUGAACAGCUUGCAUUAUGUGAAAAAGGUUGUGGAGAACAGGCUUCAGCGUCUCUAUGAUGGAAGCCUUGACACAGAUUCCACUGGUCUACCUUCCCAAAUUGACUGGAAGAAGCUGACGGCUCCAGGAGUUGAGUUAUUCCAACUGCCAUUUGAUGUUGUUCUGGCAAACAACAUUGCAUUAUCAUAUUUCAUGGAGUACAUGACCAGUAUUGGAGCGCAAAAAUACAUCUCAUUUUAUCUUCAUGCUGAGGGCUUCAAAGUGUCAGCGGAACAGCUACUGAGCCAAGCCAUUACUGAAGACAGAAACACAAAUCUUGAAUCUCUGAGGGAAGCUGCAGCUAACAUUUACGACACAUACAUCUCCGAAACAGCGACAUCAAGGAUCAAUAUUGACGAAGCACUGGCUAAGAAGCUGCUUCGCAAGCUUCGAGUUGAGACGCCAGACGAGUUCUGGUUCGACGACAUCCAGCAGAAGGUAGCUCAGAUCAUGCAGGAGGAGCAGCAUUUUCCAAGCUUCAUGAAGUCCGAGGGCUACAUCAAGUUGCUAGCUGAGCUCGACCUCCUGAAGGAUUUCGGCUCCAAGUCGGACGAAGAAGAUUCCUUCAGUGGAGCCAAGUCUGCGGGGAGUGGGGAUGAUUGUGGAAGCCUCAACUCCCUGGAACAGGAAGACGAGCCCAUUGAGUUUCUCAUUAAGGAGAUGCCCUCAGAACCUCCUGAUGCUCCCGAGUCUGUCACCAACAAGACACCAGGAAUGUUGCUGAUUGCCAGCAUAUACAACACAGGAAUAGUGCGGCAGUCCAGCACACAGUAUGCCCUGUAUGCAAUAUCUGUGACUCGCCGUGAGCUGCAGACUACGGAGGAGCGUUGGUGUGUCUUCAGGAGGUACAGCGACUUUGACGACUUCCGCAUCCUUGUCUUGGAAAAGUUUCCAAAGUUGUCUAAGUUGCCUUUUCCUGGGAAGAAGACCUUCAACAACCUGAGCCUUCAGUUCCUGGAGCAGCGGCGAUCUCAGCUGAAUGAGUUCUUGCAGCAGAUUCUACAUCCUGACAUCUUGACAGCUAAUCCAGGGCUACGUGAUAUGGUGCUGCAUUUCCUUGAGCCAGGCACCUACGAGAAAGGAAAAAAACAGUUUGCAAGAACGAUGGGCUCUCUAGUCAAUCCAUUCAAGUCAUCAGUGCGCAGCAUGGGCACCAUGGUGAAAAAUGCUCCCGAGAACCUGCUCGAUGGACUGCGCGACAGCAUCGUUAAGGUGCUACGCAGCCGGCCGACAGCAUCUCCUGUGGACGUCAUGAUUCAGGGCAGCGAGAAAGUGGGCGCUGGCAUCGACGUUGAGACACAAGACAACAUUCCUCUGAGAAUUAUGCUGCUGCUUAUGGACGAAGUGUUUGAUCUAAAAAGCAAGAACCAGUGGCUAAGGCGACGGAUUGUGGUGAUCCUGCGGCAGAUUAUCAAAGCCACAUUUGGAGACACAAUAAACAGAAAAAUUGUUGACUACGUCGAAUGGAUGGCAUCAACUGAAAAAAUUGCUGAAUACAUCACUGCAUUUAAGGACGCCCUGUGGCCAAACGGCUUCCCAGCCGAGACGCGUCCUGAGAGGGACCAGAACACCAAGAUGAGGACCAGAGUGGCAGCCAAGAUGAUCAUGCUUUGUAGCCUCACAGAUGAGCUGAAACACAUCAUUGGGAGUGACACGACGAGGCGAGGCAUGCUGUGUGUGUUUGAGAUGUUCCAGCAUGCACCGCUCAAUCGGAGGCUCACCUAUGUACUGCUGGAGGGCUUCCUUGCUACCCUAUUCCCCAACAACCGCUUCACCGAGCUGUUCCGCAAGAUGCAUGCAGAGUCGCCCACCAUAUCGACCACCUCGUUGUCUUCCAAUUCCAGCAGGGACGUCAUAAGCAUUGGUGCCAGGCGCAUCGAGGUGCGGUGACGUCUGUCCUGCGUUACCGUGUGUCACGUAACAGCAUUGGUUGUUAUUCUCCUCAGCCCUCCUCCCGGAAGCUCCCUUCCCCACCCAUACUUCUGUUGCUCAUUUCAUAUCUCUUCCUUUUUUCCUUUUGAUGCAAUUUCAAGUUGACUGGCAGGAAGGCCAUGAUUACCUCGCCACGUGAGCUUGGAUUGCGUUAUGUGAUAGCUUGCACGCAUCUUUUGCCGCGAGCCUUAAAUAUGAAUCCACAUAGGAGCAAGUUUGUUGUCUUGCUUCCGUUCUUAUUAUGAUGCCGCGGAAUGACAAACAUGCCUGACACUGCACCGUCUCGCAAACAUUGGCAGUAUAGUCGCGGACAUUGCUGGGUCUGUGAACUGUCAAGAGUCAACAGUGGUGCAGCACAACCAGUUCCUUUCAGACCGUUAAAAGUCUACAUUUAGUGGCCGUCGCAGUUCUCUUGUUUGUUAAACUAAGACCAACUAUUGAGAGGGUGCUGCCAUCAUGGGCUCUAAGAAUGCUCCUGAAUUUGGUUAACCUGGGUAUGCAUUUGCACAGUGGGCUUUUUCUUUAGGACAUGUGUCUAUUAUUGCAGAACGUGUGGACAUUUUUUCUUAUACCAAAGUUUUUAUCUUACUACCAGAGUUUUUUUUUUUUUUAGAUAAUGUUUACACUGUUGCUGCUCUCUUUGUUCAUGUGUUAAAUAGUUUAACUGCUAAUCUGGAGCACAUUGUAUGACCUAGGUAAGUGCAGCUCCUUUGAUCCCAAGGUGAUAUUUUGGGAAAAGCCUUUCUACGACAUGCCUAUCCUUACUGUGUCGGGUUUGUCAUACCGUGCACAUGUUUUAUCAUUUAGGCACUGUACAGUUAUUCCCCCCUUUAUCUUUUCUACAUCAUUUACACUCGCCUUGCAGUUGUGUGUCCCAUGCUUAAUGUAAUCGUUUUUUGUGACUGAUGUUCGAGAGUUGGCACUCUCUUGGAACACAAAAUUUGCUGUAUUAUACAUUAUAUGUAUACACUCGUGACACGGAUAUAUAUACUGCAUUUUUGAAGGAUUCAGUAUGCUGGAAAAUAAAAUAAAGUAUAUAUAUAUAUUUUUUUUUAUAAUUUAUGGUUCAGCUAACAUUUUUUCUUUCCCCAACAUCAUUACCGACAUCCAAACAGGGGUGAAAUAAAGGAUGAGACCAGUAUCAUUCAUGUAGCCUCUCAUUUCGCUAAAGUGUAGAUGAUCUCACCAGAGUAUACCUGUCUGUAUUUCACUGAAUUUCAUGGCGGGUGGUAGAAUGGGAAAAAGAAAAGCUUCUGUCCAUGCAGCAUCUCCAGGCAUUGCUUGGAUUCAACAUAAAUUCAACCAAUUUCAGCAAUAUAUUACCUCUAUUGCCACCUUGCAGCGACAAUUGCAACAAAACAUUUCAGCAGCCGUGUGUUGCCAUUCAUUAAGGAUUGCAGCAAACUGCCUCGAAAGAUCCCUUUGAGAUAAUGUCCAGGCCUUAAUGCAAUGUUGCUGUUUACUCAGUUAUGUAAAUCUGAUGGUAGUUUGUGAGUACACAUUGUGACACAGUUUUGUGAAGUGCAUGAAGGCCAGAGAAAAUUUUCCUCUCUCUCUUUCUUUUUUAUGUAAAUAUGAAGCAUCACUGCUUGUCUCUGCUAUCGCUCUCCCACACAUCACAACUUUAUUGACAGUGGGCAGCGCAACCCGGACGAAAGACUCGUCCAGGUUGCGGUGCCCACCCAUAGGAACAUGUUCAAUCACCAACUCGCCCAGCUUGCCGUGUUAAUUCAGUUUAUUGAUAGUGCAUGUUGAUGGAACACAAUCCACACAUUUGUUAUAUUCAUGGUCCACGUUGAUAAUUUUUAGCAAGUGGGGUUGAACAUUAUGCUGAUGCAGGCAGCUUUGGUUAUUUCCACUUAGAGCAACUCUUAAACUUUAUAGAGCAAGUCGUUAGAAUUUGUUCGUAUGUACUUAUCUGACUAAACCAGUGCUGCUCUACACUGUUUGCAUGACUGAAUUCUUUCUGUAGAAAUGAUACUGUUAACAUUAUCUCACUUGAAAGUUAACAAUCUCUCAGACGACAUUCACACGAGAGCUUCAGAACUUGUGUGUUUGUCACUCCUUCUUAGUGAUCACUUAUUGCUACCAGAACCGAGAGUGAGCAAUGGUAUUGCAAGGUGCUUGUUUAUGCUCCAAGUUACUGGCUUCUGAUUGGUUUCAUGGUUUAACAUGGUGCACAAAACCACAAAAAAUUACCUCUGAAGCUCUGACACCUGUUUGCGACAUGGCAGAUACCAGGUGCCAAAUGGUGUCUGUGCCUGCCAGUUUGUGAAGCCUGCAUUUUGAUACCACUGACAUGCCACACACAUUCUCCCGCUAGUGCAGAAGCAAUACCUUUGUGGGGACAUCAUAAAACUGUGAAGCCCUCUGUGUGUCUUCACAUACAAGCCUUUGUGUCACUAAAACGGUUGCUGGCUCUUGUUGGAAAAGUCCUAUGAUUAUUCAAGCACUCUGAAACUUGAAACUUUAAAUAGCAAGACCAGGAGUUCUCCUCAUGUUGAACUUUUUGCAAGUACUAGGUAUGCCGUAGGACCCUCACUACAGGGCUCAGGGUCGAUUCCAGCGACACACAGUGUCCCAGCUCUCUUCUGUGCAAAAUAAUUUAUGGCACUUUAUCUCGUGUUGCACAGUGCUGCCCGUUUACUUUUCACAUUUUAGGCCUAGCAUAUACCACUAGUGCAGUGCAGCAACAUGAAGGUCAUGUUGUCACACCUAUGAAUCGACAAGAUUUCAACGACAGUGUUCGAAACUGCGGCAACCGUUGUUGAGUUAGGAUCCUCAUGCAUUUCGAAACAUGAACUAAAAUAUGGCUGUGAACUAUGGGUAGUGCCAGAAUUUUUGUUUUGGGGGCCAGAGCCUAAUUCCAUAUUUUCGUUAGAGGUGCAGGAAGGCAUUUCAUUACUGGUCCCUUACUGCAGCAUUGAGGUAGGAGGGGGCCAAUAGUGGUGAAGGGCAAAAGAAAAUUUUGAGGGGUCGACCUCCAUCAUCACCGCUGCCCCUGACAACUAGACAUCACUGCUAGAGUUUAAGCUUUUCAUUAGGAAUGAGAGUCUUGGCUAGUUCAUCAUGCACAUUCGUUUUAAUGCAUUGUAUCUGCAACUUGCCAUGGGUAGUCUGCACAUUCGUUAUGAACAGGGAAAACUUAGAUUCCCAAUUUCUUGCUUCAAACUCUGCUUGUACUACUGAUGGAGAGAUGGCCAUUGCACUGUUUUAAGACGCAACUUCCCAGGAAGCGUUAUUCAUGCCAUCCAUGAAAUCUGUCACUUCAAGUAUCGAAUAUAAUAACACACAUCCCACCUCAGUGCCAUUUUUUAGCAUAUAGGACGUUCUUCAUGACAUUUACGAGCCUUACCUCCUGCUGUUAACUGUAUUCCCAGUCUAGAAACUGUGGUACACCUGUAGUUGUGCCCCUAAGCUCUUGCCAGCAGAACACAGGGUGACGUCUUCUUGUACCUGUCGUCUCGCAGCCAGGCAGAGCACAUAAUGCUGAUGCUUGUCCAUCAAAUGGCAGCUGCAAUACUUGGGAGAGAUGCAAAAAGAUGCUGGCCUCCUGUACCUCUGGCAAAUUUAAAGGUUUCCUUCUCCCCUAAGCCAGUGUGGCUUUGUCAAAUGCAUUGACUGCAGAAAGACCACAUGUAGCAACUGUCGCCAUUGCAGUAUACGUCCAUUUGGGAAGUAUAUUGCCGUGUUGUUCAGCGUGGGCCUGUGGAGUGCAAUUUUGAAACGGAGUCAACGCAGUGGAGAUUGAAGUUAAACAUUGAGAAGAGGCCUUAACGCUUAUCGUCAAUAUAAGGCAUGCUUCCCAAAGCACUGACAAGGUGCAUAGAAACAGUUUGGUGUUCAACAAAAAGUUUCUAAUGCCAGGACAUUGCUUUGCAUGGAACAUAAACGUGGCAGUAGGUUGUCAGUAUUUUAGUUGCAUUAUGUAAGUUACUGUCAAGUUUUGACCAUUGUGCUGUUACUUCUGCUGUUAGGUAGAAAAACAGUAAAUGCCUAAAACAAUUUUGAGGUCACUUCACUGUGCCUUGCAUUCUUAACACUUCGCAUCAAACCAGGCUUCACUCUUAAAGCUCCCUGAUCACUGCACCUGUGCUUUUAGGUGCAAUGAUGCCUUUGCUGAGAGCAUUUUGCGUGGGUUGAAUCAUUCCGCUUAUAUAAGUGCAGCUGUAUUUGUAGCCCCACAUCUCAUCACUGCAAAUUUAUUUGCUUCAGUGAAAAGGUGGAUGUGAAACAAUUGCAUUGUAUGUCUAAGUAGUAGAAUAGGGCGCAAAAGAUGGGCCAGGGAAAUUCACUGUAAUACUUUAAUUGGCAUAAAUGUGCUAAAAAAAAGGGGGGGAGAGCUACAAUGGCGUUGAGAGUCCAAUAGGCAUACCUUUCUUGUAUUUUAUUUGUUUGUGUGCAGCAAAGCUUAUUUUAAUAGUUAUAAGUGCUCUGGCACUUGCACCCGUCAGCCAACUAUUUGGCUGGCAAACUCCCCAUCUGGCAAGGGCACUGUAGCGUACGAAGCUUAGAAUUUGCUUGUCUUGCUGAUUUCCUUCUCAUAUUAACUUUAUAGCGUACUGCAUCAGAGCUAUGCUUUGAGUGUAAGUUCAGAAUUCUGCAUUUUAUUUUCAGUGCAUCUCGUGUUUUAAGAAAUGUUAGUGAUUUCAAAUUUUCUGAGUGCAGUACAAGAUGACUUGCUAGUUGCUUGGCUUCUGCACACUCUGCACUGAAAAAGAUAAUGCAACUGCCCUAUACAAUUAAAUAUUUUCAGUCCAUCUCUCUCACAUAUACCAUUCUUUUUGCCAGUGGAAGUAGAUGACAUGAAAAUAAUGGCACGCAUUCAAUCGGGGUUACUUACAUGUGGCUCAGUUUAAUGUCGCAUAGGGAUGCCUAUCGCUCCAUCGACAUACUGCAUUUGACGUUGCAUCAUCCAAAACUGAAUGUAUCUUCGAAAGUGAUCUAUCAAGAAUGCAAAUGGUCCAAGUAGGAGCGCCGUUGUGUGAUGGGACAAACCAUGCAUUUAGUAUCCAUUGUGCUGCACACAACAGCGACAUCUAAUCAUACAGGGUCUAGUAUAACUUAAAAUUUUAACACUUAUUACAUGAUAUGAAUAGGUUGUACAUGCUAAGAUAGAGCAUUUAUCAAUUUCUACAAAGUUUCAGUGAAAGAAAUGUGAACUGUCAGACUCCAGAAAAAGAGAGAAAGAAUACAUUCUUUCUUAGAAUAUGUUUCUUUUUUUUCUGUUUUAUUUUUAUGCAUGUGAUCUGACAUUUCAAUUUCUUUCACUGCAUGUUUGUACAAAUUGAUAGUAGAUGUGACAGUGAAGGCACUAUUUAGGACACAUUAUGGGCUGAUGAUGAUGAUCAGCACCUUGCAGAUUAGCCACAAGCCAUGGCCAACACUGCACUAUAAUAAGUGCAGCCGAUAUAUGGCAGUUUAAUUGGAUACUAGCCAUCUAUUAAAUAAGUACUGGCACAAAAACAUUGCCUCACUUUUUUUACCUUUGUAUAGCUGCCAGCUCUGUAAUCAUAGCAUGGGGCCCCAAUUCCUCACACAACAAUAUAUCAGAUGUUAAUGCAAUCAGUUGAAAACUUGUAUUGGCAUACAAUGUAUUGAGCAGGUCUCACAGUCACAUAGCAGAAAUUGAAGAUGAUCAUCGCGUAAUGUCAGAAGCUGCUGAUGCAUGCGUCAGUCAGCCUACUGGCACAGUGGUUGCAAGAUACGCAAUUACUUUGUUGCUUAAAGUUGGGCAUGUGCUGCCAAAUCAGCCAUUCUUGCCUCCUUCUAUUUGCACUUGUCCGCGUUCGACACUGGAUGAGUCUUGUUUUCUACUGUCUUUUCUCUCAGAAUGCAGACUGGCGCUCUUACCUCCUCACUCCUGGUAAUUGUUCUAGUGUCUAAUAUGCUCGGCUUUCAGUGAUGCUGUUUGUCAUGGUGCACUCUAUGACCACUGCACCGUGCCGAGUGACCAACCCAUGUGUCAAUGGUUCGUGAUGCUAUGUGACCACCACCUCCAAUUUCUGUAAUGUAUCUAGAAAACAUGCUAAACACACCUUAUUCAGUGGAGCCACUCUUCACUUGGCACAUGUUUUGAACUGGUCACAUUAGAAAAUAACCUAAAUAAUUUCUUGCACCUUCAAGGAAUUGAAGCCCCCAUGCUUGGUUACUGAGCCAGCAACUACAUAAUAAAGGGACACACUGUGGAGCAUGUGUCAUCACCGUGAAAAGUGUGCGAUACGCAUACCUACAAAGCAAAGCCUGUAAUUUAAAGUUUCAGUCAGCAGUUGCACAUGUGACCAAUGCUGUGUUUUGCUCAUCUAGAGGUGCUUUUCCACUGAAAUUCACACAUUAUACAGGUUUGAUGCUGAUCAGUACAUUAUGCACCUUCAUCAGUCUUGAUUAGGCACACGCUGUGUUCUCAUUUGUGUGGCUGCAGCAGCCAUUUUGUAUGCUCACUCAUUCACACCCCUGGCACUUCUUUUGAAGGAAGUUAGCAAGAAACGAAAUGCUGUGUUGUCAUCAAAAAUACAUUGUAAAAGGCCCUUCUUUUUAUCCUUUAACUACAGGACAGUGAGCAAAAUGAUACAUGUUUGAAAAAUACACUGCACGAAGUGAAUGGCAGUGGUCAAACAAGGGGUGUCACUGGAGGCAAUGUUUUCGACAAGUGAACUUUUCUUUGUCUGGACAACUUUGCAUGUUGUUAUUCUGUUCACUAAGCAAACUUUCGAUUAUGCACAGUUGCGUUCAUACUACAGCAGGCUGUAAUUGCUGUACAGUCAGUCAAUACAGAAGCAAACUGUAGUGUUGUUAUUGGACUCUGCUGAAAGAAGUGUCGUUUCUGGUGUCACUUGAAACCAACCUCCGUUCUAUGUAUUUUAUAAACGGUGUCAUUUACAAAAACAGUGUCAUUUUUAUUGCUUCCUUCUUGUGCGUUCUGUUUGGUAAGCAAAGUUUCGGUCAUGCAUAAUAGUUUUUGUGUCAGCCAUGGUCAGACUACAUCGGGCUGUGAUUGGUUCUACGUGUUUCUGCAGUAUUUUCUAAAGCAGCCAACUUGGAUUUUGCCUGUGUAAGGUGAGUAUGUGAGCCUUCCACUCCCUUAGUAUAGGCACUGCAAAGCAUUGUGUUUACCACUGUGCUGCUCUUGUACAUUACUGUAUGAUAUUUUGCAAGCUGUGAGCAUUUUUUUUUCUUUUUUUAUUGAAGUUGUAUAGUCGCACGCUGGAACGUGUGAUAGGUAGAUCAAGAUGCAAAUGAAGAGAUACAUGAAAGCCUGCAAUGCUCCGUGAUGUCAAGAACUGUCUUUGCACAAAGACUACGAAAUUCCCAUUUAUAUGUUGUCUUUGUGAAUAAAGAUAUUGGGAAAGAGCAA